AUGGACUUAAUCCGAAAAUUACUCAACUUUGAAACUUUUAGACGGGAAGUGUUCACCUCUUUCCACGCGGAGUGGCGUGAGGAGCUCUCCGAUAAAUUUGCGAUAAGUCUUUUACCGAAUGAGUCCACCUUACGGGAAGUAGUUGUUGCUAUGCCGACAAAGGAAUUCAAGUAUUUUAACAUGAUGUUCAAGGUUGUGGAUCUCUACCUUGUAGCAUUUAAGCCUCUCGAAGUAUUAAGGUGGAAUCAGGUCCGUGUGGUAUCCGAUGACAAAUUGCCAUUCAAGAAGAAGGACGUGGAUGAAAUCAAGUUCUACGGCAAUUACCAAUUUAUAUUAACGGCGGUGAGUGAGAGCGCACGCUUUGAUCAAGUUGAACAACAUUGUUCCGACUUUCUAGAACCUACAAAAGACCGAACUGCAUUAAUGAGUGCCAAAUUAAUAGAAUCAGAGCAAACCCGGUUUGAAAUAGAAAGAGGCGGUUUGAUUCUUGGACCAAAGAAUAAAAUAAGUAGGGAGAAAGAAGCACUGACGAAGUAUCUAAGGAAAUUGAAGAACCAGUUGCGCACAAAAGAGCCCCCGAGCAGCGAGGAGGUUGAGGAGGCUCGAAAAGUGCUUAUUGAGAGAUUCUCAUCUAGAGAGGUUGAGAUUAAGGCCGUUGAACUCUGUUCCUUAUGGCAAGAGAAGAUGAAGAAUGCUGAGUGGCACCCGUUCCGUGUGGUUGAGGAUGAGAAGGGGAAUGCCAAGGUUCAUCUAAACACCUUUCCCUUAGUCGUUUGCUUGGUUACGUAUCUCUCUCUUACAUAUAAGAAAAAGAUCAACAGAGAAAGGGCGGUGGCGACGCGUAGGCGGGUCCAGGUCACGUACGCAACGAACUACGACGGAGAGGAAGAGGGCGCUCAUCGGCUAAUUGUAGAUGAGGCAGUCAACAAUGGUAACUCCAUCUUCUCUCUACACCCGAACACCAUGGAAAACCUCCAGAUUUUCCCAUUAUGCGAUGUCGUUUCAGUUUCAGCUUUAUAUGAUUUAGUGCAUGUAAUUUCAACAACAACAAAGGGAACAACUGAAGAUUCUGAGAUAUGGAAUUUGGCUGGAAAAUGGAAAAUAGUGGUUGGUACAGUGAUUGGAUUCUUUGGGGCAGCCGUUGAGAGUAUAGGAGGUGUCGGUGGAGGCGCCAUUUGCGUUCCCAUGCUCCCUUUGAUUAUCGGGUUGACCGGAAAUCUUCGAUUGCAAUAUCUAAAUUCAGCAAAAGUGGGUAAACCCUAUGCGAGAGAAGUUGUUGGGCUUGUGGUUGAUAUGAUUCGCCAAAAGAAGAUGGCUGCCGUGCUUUAUUAUUCGUUGUCCCACCUGUACAUGGAAAAACUGCUCUUGCUCUUGGAAUUUUGCAAGAACUCGGCAGCAAGCAUAUUGAUCCAACAAUAUUGUGAUCCAUUCCAACUACAUUUUCCAGUGGCAUCCGGCAUGGCCGAAUCCAACUACAUAUAUGUGACCCACUUUGAAUCCAAGAGAUCUUGUCGUUCUCCAUUGAGGUCCAGUCGGGUUCUUUUAGGUUUCGAGAUUAUUCGGCCCUUAGAUUACGAAUUCUGGGAACUCAAUCGGGUUCGGAUGGCCUCAUUGCAACAUAUGUACAAUUUGCACUACGGUUUUAGAAGCCAGAGGGAGAUCAAGGAGGAGGACGAGGAGCUGUGUGGGCUUCGGGAAGAGAUAUACGAGGCUGUGACCACGGCCUUGAUGGAGAUGCAAGAGUACAACCCGAGCGGCGGUUAUGUGGUACCUGAGCUGUGGAACUUCAAGGAGAACUGCAAGGCCACGCUCAAGGAGGUCAUCACCUACAUCUACAAUCAGAUCUAAACCCGCAAGUGCAGGAGGACUUGAAAAUGCUCUUGUUGUCUUCUUAUUUGUAAAGACCUGUNCAUUUGG